UAUUAUACAGCAGGUUCCUCAGAUCUUGUCCUGGAGGGCCAGCGUCCUGCAGAGUUUAGCUCCAACCCUAAACAAACACACCUGAGCAAACUCAUCACAGUCUUCAGGAUCAUUAGAAAAUCACAGUCAGUGGUGAAGAUCAAACUGUUCAGAUCAAUCAUGGAUGAAACACAAACAUCUGGAGAUGAAGAUUUUAUUCCAGGAUGCAGCUCAGUUCAUCAGAAGAGAUCAGAACAAGAGCCCAGCUGUGUGUCUAUGAAGAGUGACAUGUCUAUGGGUGAGCCAAUAAAGUUUAACAGUGGAGAUUCACAGUCUGGUCUCAGUCCAGUUCAACAGAAGAGAUCAGAAGCAGAGUCCAGCUGUGUGUCUAUGAAGAGUGACACAUCUGUGAUUCAGCCAUUAGAUUUUAACAGUGGAGAUACGCAGCCUGCUUUCAGCCAUGAAGUCCUCAACAUAUCUAGGUCAAAUCUUAAGAAGAAGUUUGAGUGUCUGUAUGAGGGAACAGCGACACAGGGAAACCCAACACUGCUGAAUGAGAUCUACACAGAGCUCUACAUCACAGAGAGUGAGAGUGGAGAGAUCAAUAAUGAGCAUGAGGUGAGACAGAUUGAGACACAAUCCAGGAGAGCAGCAACAGAGGACACACCCAUCAAAUGCAAUGACAUCUUUAGACCUUUACCUGGACAAGACAAACCCAUCAGAACUGUGCUGACAAAGGGAGUCGCUGGCAUUGGAAAAACAGUCUCUGUGCAGAAGUUCAUCCUGGACUGGGCUGAAGGGAAAGAGAAUCAGGACGUCCAGCUCAUAUUUCCACUUCCUUUCAGAGAAAUCAACUUGAUGAAGGGCAAAAAAACUCAGUCUGUCAGGUCUCCUUCAUAUCUUUUUCCCUGA